AUGCCACUUCCAAGUGCAGACGAACUUGAACAACUUCCUGAGAUUGAGAAGCAGUGGGCCGUUAAGGCCAUGCACCAUGCAGAAACAUAUUUCAAGUUGAUAUCUUCUGUUGAUGGCAAAUCCCUUCGUUUAACCUCAAUCGAUGACGAAAUCUAUGAAGAUUUUAUGAGGACGUUUCCCGAUUUUUCUAUAGCGGAGGUAGAUGAAGAUGCCAUGAAAACACCCGAAGCAAAGAACACCUGGCGUGAAUGGAUGAUGAAGUAUGAAAAAAGAGUUAAUGAUUAUAAUUUUGGCACCUUGCUAAGAAAGAAUGUUAAUGGAGAUUAUACUGAAGAAAACACAAUAUUUG